UAAUAGCCUGGGUGUUCCCGCUCUUUCUGACAAUCUGAGGAGAAGAAACCUGUUAGCCAAAUUAGCUAGGAUUUGCGGUUUAUUAUAAAUUUUUUGACGUUUUUUUUAAAUUCACAGAGUAAAUAUGGGUUAUUUAAAGCAGAUAGAUGUGGAAAACUUCAAGUCGUGGAAAGGAAAGCAGACUAUUGGUCCUUUUAAGAGAUUCACCUGUAUUAUUGGGACGAACGGUUCAGGUAAAUCGAAUUUGAUGGAUGCUCUGGGUUUUGUGAUGGGAGAGAGAGCCUCCAGUCUGAGGGUGAAGCAAACGAAAGACCUGAUACAUGGCGCUCAUAUCGGUAUACCGGUUUCCCGCACCGCCUCGGUCUCUAUGCGCUUCUGCAACGAUAACGAUCAAGAAACGAUUUUCAGCAGAGUCAUAUCAGGUGAGUCGUCGGAGUACCGAGUGAACGGCAGGCAGGUGGCACUGAGCAGGUACACCUCCGAGCUGGAGAACAUUGGCAUCGUGGUGAAAGCCAGGAACUGCUUAGUAUUCCAGGGUGCUGUAGAGUCCAUUGCUAUGAUGAACGCCAAAGAACGCACAAAGAUGUUUGAACGCAUCAGUAGUUCCAUCGAGCUGGCGAGCGAGUACGAGACCAAGCUGUCCCUGUUGCAGAAAGCCAAAGAAGACACGCAGUACAAUUUUAAUCGAAAACGGGCAGCCACUGCAGAGAAGAAGCAGGUGUUCAAGGACAAAACCGAGGCAGAGAAAUACCAAGCCCUGGUGGAGCAGCUCAGUGAAAGCAAGCUGCAGCUCAGCCUUUAUCAGCUUUAUCACAACGAGAGGGGCGUUAACUCGCUCGUGGAGUCCCUGAGCGAGAAACAGGAGGCUGUCGCGGUCAAAAAUAGUGUAGUGGAAGAGUGGGAGCAAAGUGUGAGCUCAAAGAAAGAGCAUGGACGCCUGAACAGGGAGUUGCAGAAACUAGAGAAGGAGAUAAAAUCCCAGGAGGAAAUCCUCAGUCGUCAGAGGCCUCAGUACAUCAAGGCCAAAGUAAACACCGGUCACCACCAGAACAAGACAAAGGAGGCACACAUCAGCCUGCUAAAGAUCCAGAAGCAGCAGGCCAAGAAAGAGCAGGAGCUGCAGGAGCUGGAGAUGGAGCUGAGUGGCCUGGAGAGGGCUUGGAGAGUUUAUGAGAGAGAGAUAGAGGAGCGAGCCGCUCAGAGGGGCGAGGCUGUCCAGCUAGAGGAAGCUCAGCUGGAGCGUUACAAGGAGCUGAAAGAACUGUCCAGGAAAGGAGCUGUUUUAUUACAGAAAGCUGAGAAACUCCACUGGGAGCUGAAGGCCGACCGGGAAAAGCUGGAGUUUGACAAAAGGCGAAAAAGCGAAGUUGAGGCAAACAUUCGUCAAGCUGAAGAUCAUUUGGACGAGUUAACCAGGAGGGCAGGGAAACUGGAGGAGUAUGCCAUCAACUCGAACAAAGCUCUGGACGAGCAGCGGGAGCAGGAGCGGACCUUGAGGGAGAUGUUGGAGCGCGGACGGUUGAGGAUGCUCGAGGUGAACGAGGAACUGGGUUUGGUGGUGAAGGAGCUCCAGAAUGCUCGCAUGGAUAGUCAGGAGAAUCGGAGACAGCAGAAACGAGACGAGAUCCUUGAGAGCCUGCGCAGACUCUACCCGGAUGUUGUGUACGGACGCUUGUUGGACCUGUGUCAGCCCAUCCACAAGAAAUACCAGCUCGCUGUCACGAAGGUGUUCGGCCAUUACAUGACUGCCAUCGUGGUGUCCUCUGCUAAAGUGGCCCGUGACUGCAUCCAGAUUAUAAAAGAGGAGAGAGCAGAGCGAGAGACGUUCCUCCCUCUUGACAACCUGGAUGUGAAGCCGCUAAACGAGCGUCUCAGGGAGGUCCGUGGAGCCAAGAUGGUGGUAGACGUGGUACAGUGUUCCCACAAUGCACCUCAGUUAAAGAGAGUGGUGCAGUUUGUCUGUGGGAAUUCCCUCGUGUGUGAGAAUCUCAAAGACGCCCGGCAUAUUGCGUUUGAUGGCCCAGUGCGCCUUAAGACCGUGUCUUUUGAUGGUACCUUGUUCUUCAAGUCUGGGGUGAUCUCCGGUGGCUCUGUUCACUUGCGCAUUAAAGCUCGGCGCUGGGAGGAAAAGGACAUGAACGGCCUGAAAGAGCGUAAGGAGCAGCUGAGUGAAGAGCUGAGGGAACUAAUAAACCUAAAACGCAAGCAGGCUGAGCUCCAUCAGAUCACCGCUCAGGCCCAGGGAAUCCAGACUCGCCUCAAAUACUCCAACUCGGAGCUGGAGUCCAUUCGCAAAAAAGUUAUCCCAGCAUGUCAGGCUGAAAUCUCCAGAUUGGAGAGUGAGCUGUCAAACCUGAAGUCUCAGAUCGAGAUGCAGGCCAAUAAUGUACAAGUAAAGGACGGCGAGGUGACCGCCAUCCAGGAUGAAAUCAAUCACAUGGAGGACAUUGUGUUCUCAGACUUCUGUGCUGAGAUUGGAGUAGCCAACAUUCGUGAGUACGAGCAGGAUUAUGUGAGGCAGCAAGGAGAGAUCGAGAACAAGCGGCUGCAGUUUGAGUCUCAGCGCACCCGUCUGAACACCCAGUUCGAGUAUGAACAGGAGCAGCUCCACAAGCAGCAAAAGCUGAUUAACAAAAUGAAGGAGUCCAUCAGGAAUGAGGAAGAUAUCAUCUUCAUGUUAAAAGAGGAGGAAGAGAAGCUGCUCACUGCAGUCGAUGAGUCUCAGGCGAAGCUCCUAGACUUGAGGAGUAAGCAAGUGGAGCAGAGGUCUUAUGUUAAUAAAGCAAAGGCUGAUCUGGAUAGGAAAAGCAGUGGCCUGCAGGAGAACUCCAGGGAACUGGUAAAGCAGCAGAAGGAGAUGAUUUCUGUAGAAACUGCUCUGGAGCAUCAGAGACUUUGCAGACACAAUCUACUGCUGGGCUGCAAAAUCGAAGGUCUGCCUAUUAAUGUGCUCUCAGGAACACUGGAUGACAUCAGUGACAUCCAGCUGGACUCCGAAUCUGUAAGCACCACCACACAAGACAUUUAUGAGCGAGAAGCACAGAUGGUGAUUGACUAUGGACCGCUGGGAGGCAACCUGAAAAGACUGACUGAAGAGCAGGAUGUGAUGGCCCAACUGGAGGUGCUGAGAGAGGAAGUGUCUUCUCUUGAAAAACUGAUCAAUACGUCCAAACCACCCAAUAUGAAGGCCCUGGAGAAGAUGAGUGAGGUGAAGGACAGCUUCCGUGAAGUUGUUGAUGCAUUUGAGGCCAGUGCAAGAGCAGCGAAGAAAUGCCAUCAGGAGUUUGAGCACGUGAAGGCCAGACGCUUCCAUCGCUUCAGCCAGUGCUUCGAGCACGUUUCUGUCGCCAUCAGCAACAUCUACAAAGACCUCUGCAGGAACGCCAGUGCUCAGGCGACCCUGAGUGCAGAAAACCCUGAUGAGCCUUACUUGGGUGGUAUCAGUUAUAACUGUGUGGCACCCGGGAAGAGAUUUAUGGCAAUGGACAACCUGUCAGGAGGAGAGAAGUCCAUUGCAGCGCUCGCUCUGGUGUUUGCUAUUCACAGCUUCCGUCCCGCUCCUUUCUUUGUGCUGGAUGAGGUGGAUGCUGCUUUGGACAACACAAACAUUGGCAAGGUGACGAGCUUCAUUAGAGAACAAUCAAGAAAUAACUUUCAGGUCAUUGUCAUCUCACUGAAGGAGGAGUUCUAUUCACAGUCAGAUGCUCUUCUGGGGGUUUACUCUGAGUGUAAUGACAUCAUGUCUAGCCAACUCCUGUCUCUGGACCUCACUCCGUACCCCCUCAAUGACGAGAACGACAAAGAGAGAGAGAUGGACAUGUAAAGGAGCAAAAAAGAAAAAUCGGUUUCUGUUAAAUGUUAAAAAAAAUGCAGAAUUCAGUAACUACAGUUUAGAAUUAAAUUUCAGUUCAUUUGCAUGUUUGUAAAAUGUUUGUAUUCAUUUUCUGUUUUAAAUGGUUCAGUUUUAUGCUCUCGUUUACAAGCACUUCACUGUUAAAAUAUUGUUCUUUGUGAACAUACAAGUAAUUAGAGAAUUGUUUUUCUAAAAUCUGUUCUAAUGAGGUUCUGAUUAGAGUCUAAUUGAUGUUUAAUUGACGUGUUUUUAUUAAGCGGUUAAAUUUAAAUAAAUGUUAUUUUUUUCAA